AUGCCAACCAGUGGAGUCGCUACAAAGGGACCCGUGCCAAAAUCCGGCACCACCGAGUCCUACAACCUUUUGGCUCUUGAUGGAGGCGGUGUGAGAGGUAUUUCAAGCAUGAUAAUACUCAAAAAGAUCAUGGACAGAAUUCAAGAAGUCGAAUGCGAAAGAGCCGUAGUGAAGAACAAAGCCGUCAAUCUGGAGGAACGCCGGCCGGUUGACUACUUUGACCUUGCGGCGGGAACAAGUACGGGCGGGCUGAUCGCUCUAAUGCUGUUCCGGCUGAACAUGAAGUGCAGCGAAGUGAUUGCACAGUACGACAACCUGGCCAAGCAAGUCUUCAGUCCGAAAUUGGGAUCGAUACCACUCCACAAAUUUGGUGUCCUGGGAACAUUCAUUGGGGAUAUCUGGCUCAAGUUCAAGGCUUUCACUGGCCAGUCGCAGUUCUCCCACAGGCCGCUCGAAAAGGCCAUCGACGUGGUCGUUGCAGCCUUUCCACUCGAUGAAGAGGACAAGGAGAAGAAAGGGGAUGCUGCACUUGUCAAAGAAAGUCAAGGUCAAAUGUUCAUGUGUGCCACGCUCGCUGACAAAGGAGAGUCGAUUCUGCUACGGAACUACGCUCCCCCUUUCCCACCGCUUCCAGUCUCGGCUGGCGCUCAGAGUCUUGACUUCAACACGAUCACUAUCAAAGAGGCUGCUCGGGCAACCUCAGCCGCACCAACCUAUCUCAAAGAAGUCGACAUUCAAGGCCUCAAAUUCUGGGACGGGGGACUCCUCAACAAUAACCCUAUUGACCAGGUUUGGGACAACAGAGGUGAUCUGGUCUCGCGCGAAGCCAAGAAUCCACGAAUCAAAUGUAUCGUGAGCCUGGGCACGACACACACUGAGCACGAAAGCAGUAAACGACCUGGUAAGGGAAUCUCCAGGUUCUUCAACACGAUAUCCAAGACGGUGGCAUUCGUGACCAAUACUGAGGCCAAGCACCGCGAUUUUGACCGCAACAUGCGCCAGCACAACCGGCGGAGACCAGAAAAGCAAACUGCUUACUUUCGAUUUAAUGCCCCGACAGACAACGAGCAGAUCGACCUGGGUGAUUACCUCCGGAUGCCCAAACUGGUCCAAUAUACUGAGGAGUACUUGAGAAGACCGGAAGUUAAUAACUCGAUCAACGAUUGUGCGGAAAUUCUUGCGAAGAGGAUUUAG